AUGGAACAGGCUGACUUCACACUGCUGCCAAAGUUCAUUGCCAAGGUGUUGUACACCAUCUGCUUCAUCUGGGCCACCUCGGACCACUACAACACACCCUCCCGCAUCAUCGUCAUCCUGCAGGAGUUCGGCAACCAGAUCAUUGAGAUGACCCGGACUUACCUGAGCCCGGAGGAGGUGCUGAAGGGGCUGCAGGGCGAGGUCGAGGAGGUGCUGGGCGGCAUUUCCCUGUCCGUGAAGGUGCUGAAGGAACUCUACCGCGCCUAUGACUUCUGCUGCGCAAACAUGAAGCUGUUCUUCAAGAACAAGGAGCCGGUGCCGUGGGAGUUCCCGUCUGCUCUGGCAUUUUCUAGAAUGAAUGCCUUCUUCCACCGUGUCCAGACCAUCGAGGAUCUUUACAAAACAGCCAUUGAGUUCCUGAAGUUGGAGAAGAUCGAGCUUGGCGGGGUCAGGGGCAACAUCCUGGGGAACAUGGUGACGCAGAUCUACGAAGAGGUCUUCGAGUUGGUGAAGGUGUUUGCUGAGUGCAAGUACGACCCCCUGGACCCCGGGGACUCGAGUUUUGAUGAAGACUAUGCAGACUUUGAGAACAAAAUCCAAGAUCUGGACAGGAGGCUGGCCACCAUCUUCUGCCAAGCGUUUGAUGACUGUCCCUCCAUUGCGUCCUGUACAAAGCUCCUGCACAUGUGUGGGGGGCUCCUGGAGCGGCCGCUGAUUCUUGCCGAGGUGGUGCCCCGGUUCUCGGUCAUGCUGGGGCUGUUUGAUACAGAGCUGGACAAUGCCAAGAUCCUGUACGAUGCCCAGAUGGCAGCUUCAGCAGACGGGAAUAUUCCCCCAAUCCACAAGAACAUGCCCCCCGUGGCCGGGCAGCUCAAGUGGAGCCUGGAGCUCCAGGACAGGCUGGAGGCACCCAUGAGGGACCUGAAGCACAUCGAACAUCCGGUCAUGUCCAGUGUGGAGGCCAACCUGAUCUACCAGAAGUAUGAUGAAAUGAUCGAGCUGCUGAAAAACUGCCGAGAAAAGACCUAUCAGGAGUGGGUAGCACGAGUGGACCAGGACUGUCACUUCAACCUGGGGCAGCCUCUGAUCCAGAGGGACAUCUACACAAACCUUACCCAUGUCAACUUCAGCAAGGCGUUGGUGGCAGUCCUGAGAGAGGUCAAGUAUCUGAACUUCCAGCAGCAAAAGGAGAUGCCAGAGAGCGCGGAGAGUCUGUUCUCCCAGAAUGAGAGCUUCCGGAAGUUUGUGGGCAACCUGGAACUCAUUGUCGGCUGGUAUAAUGAGAUAAAGACCACAGUGACGACGGUAGAGUACCCACUCAUCAAGUCGGAGCUGGAGGCAAUUGAUGUCAAACUGCUGGCUGCUGAAACAAGUCUAUUUUGGAAUGGCAAAGAUGUGUUUGAAUAUAUUCAAGAGACUCGAGAAAUUCUACAUGACUUGCAGACCAGGAUGCAGAGAGCAAAGCAAAAUGUAGAAAUGAUAUCUCAGGCUAUGAAGGAAUGGUCAACCAACCCAAUGUUCGAAAGGAAGGACAACAAGAAGGACGCCCUCCUAGACCUGGAAGGAAGGCUCUUAACCCUCAACAAACGUUACACGGUGGUCAAGGACACGGGGCUGAGGAUCCAAGCCAUGGUCGCAGAGAAUGCCGAGCUGUUCAAAGCUGACACAGUGAGUGUGAACUGGAGGGAUUACGUCAACUUCAUCGACAGCAUGGUACUAGAUGAAUUUGACCAGUUUAUUCGCAACUCUUUAAAUUACCUGAUGCAGAACAUGGCCAUAGAUGGCAGUGUCGCACCCCUGUUUGAGAUCCACAUGGAGCUGGGUGAGGAGGGGCUGACCUUCUCCCCAUCGCUGGAGAUGGGCUCAGAUCAGGGCUUCCUGAGUCUGAUCGAGAGCUUGGUGGAGGACAUCUACAACACAGCCCGGUUCAUCCCCCGGCUGGCCAAGAACAGAAUGAGCUACAAGACGGACCUGGAGGACAUGGCAGACCUGAUAGACAUGCGGGAGGAGGUCUCCAACCUGGUGGUCAGUGCCAUCAAGGAGGCCGAGGAGUACCAGGACUCGUUUGAGCGCUACUCCUACCUGUGGAUGGGGGACUUGCAGGAGUCCAUGAAGCACUUCCUGGCCUUCGGGCGCACCCUCAUGCCCGAGGAGUCGGACGUCCACAUCGACGAGAACCUCCCCAAGACGCCCCCCACCCUGGAGCAGUUCCAACAGCAGAUUGACUCGUACGAGAAGCUGUACGAGGAGGUGAGCAAGCGGGAGAACACCGUAGUGUUCCAGGGCUGGCUGCAGUGCGACUGCCGCCCCUUCAAGCAGGCCCUGCUCAACGUCAUCAAGCGAUGGGGCUUCAUGUUCAAGCGGCACCUGAGCGACCACGUGGUCAACAGCCUCGCGGACCUGGAGGCCUUCAUGAAAGUCACCAGGUUGGGCUUGACCAUUCCUCUCAAGGAGGGAGACUAUAACGGGUUGGUGGAGGUGAUGGGGCACCUGAUGAAGGUCAAGGAGCGCCAGAUGACCACAGACGACAUGUUCGAGCCCCUUCGGCAGACCAUCGAACUGCUGAAGACCUAUGGGGAAGAGAUGCCGGAGGAAGUGCACACCAAACUGCAGGAGCUGCCUGAGCAGUGGGCGAACACCAAGAAGCUGGCCCUCCAGGUGAAGCAGAACGUGGCUCCUCUCCAGGCCAACGAGGUCAACAUCUUGAGGAGGAAGUGCCAGCAGUUCGAGAUCAAGCAAUAUGAGUUCCGGGAGAAGUUCAGACAGGACGCCCCCUUCUCCUUCAGCGACCCCCAGCCCUACAAGUCCCUCAACAAGCAACAGAAGAGCAUCGAGGCAAUGGAGGCCGUCAUGGAGGAACUGUCCAAGACCGGGAGCCUGUUCGAGGUCACAGUCCCCGACUACAAACAGCUCAAAGCUUGUCACAAGGAGGUCCGCCUUCUUAAGGAGCUGUGGGACAUGAUCUUCAUGGUGAACACCAGCAUCGAUGACUGGAAGACCACCAAGUGGAAGGACAUCAACGUGGAGCAGAUGGAUAUAGAUUGCAAGAAGUUUGCCAAGGAUGUGAGGUCCCUGGACAAGGAGAUGAAGGCCUGGGACGCCUUCGUGGGCCUGGACAACACUGUCAAGAACACCAUCACAUCGCUGCGUGCUGUCAGCGAGCUGCAGAACCCUGCCAUCCGGGACCGCCACUGGCAGCAGCUCAUGGUGGCCACCCACGUGAAAUUUCAAAUGUCAGACGAGACUACACUGGCGGACUUGCUCCAGUUGAACCUGCACAAGUACGAGGACGAGGUCCGUAACAUCGUGGACAAGGCCGUGAAGGAGUCUGGGAUGGAAAAGGUGCUGAAGGCCCUGGACAGCACCUGGUCCACGAUGGAGUUUGAGCACGAGCCGCACCCUCGCACAGGCACCAUGCUGCUCAAGUCAGACGAGGUGCUGGUGGAGACACUGGAGGACAACCAGGUGCAGCUGCAGAACCUGAUGAUGUCCAAGUACCUGUCCCACUUCCUGAAGGAGGUGACGAGCUGGCAGCAGAAGCUGUCGGCCGCCGACUCGGUCAUCUCCAUCUGGUUCGAGGUCCAGAGGACCUGGAGCCAUCUGGAGAGCAUCUUCAUCGGCUCCGAGGACAUCCGGGCCCAGCUGCCCGAAGACUCCAAACGCUUCGACUUCAUCGACACGGAAUUCAAGGCCUUGAUGGCCGAGGCCGUGAAAACACCCAACGUGGUGGAAGCCACCAACAAGCCGGGUCUCUACGAGAAACUUGAGAACAUGAAGAAGAGACUGGCUGUGUGUGAGAAGGCUCUGGCCGAAUACCUGGAGACCAAAAGGCUGGCUUUCCCGCGCUUCUACUUUGUGUCCUCGGCUGAUCUCCUGGACAUCCUCUCCAACGGAAAUGACCCUGUGCAGGUCAGCCGCCACUUGUCCAAGCUCUUCGACAGCCUGUGCAAACUAAAGUUCCGGCUGGACCCGAGCGGGCAGCCCCUCAAGUCGGGCCUGGGCAUGUACAGUAAGGAGGACGAGUACGUGGACUUCGACCAGGAGUGCGACCUCUCGGGCCAGGUGGAGGUGUGGCUGAACCGUGUGAUGGACCGGAUGUGCGCCACGCUGCGGCAUGAGAUCCCAGAGGCCGUGGUGACAUACGAGGAGAAGCCUCGGGAACAGUGGAUCUUCGACUACCCGGCCCAGAUCGCGCUGACUUGCACUCAGAUAUGGUGGACGACCGAGGUGGGCCUGGCGUUUUCAAGGCUGGAAGAAGGGUAUGAAAAUGCCAUCAAAGAUUACAACAAAAAGCAGAUCAGCCAGCUUAAUGCACUUAUCACCCUGCUCAUCGGAAACCUCAAUGCGGGUGACAGGAUGAAGAUUAUGACCAUCUGCACCAUCGACGUGCACGCCCGGGACGUGGUGGCUAAGAUGAUCACAGCCAAGGUGGAGAGCUCGCAGGCGUUCACCUGGCAGUCUCAGCUCCGCCAUCGCUGGGACGAGACAAAGCAGCACUGCUUCGCCAACAUCUGCGACGCUCAGAUCCAGUAUUCCUACGAGUACCUGGGCAACACACCCCGGCUGGUCAUCACCCCGCUCACGGACAGGUGUUACAUCACCCUGACUCAGUCCCUGCACUUGAUCAUGGGGGGAGCCCCCGCCGGCCCAGCUGGCACCGGCAAGACUGAGACGACGAAGGACCUGGGCCGGGCACUGGGCACCAUGGUGUACGUCUUCAACUGCUCCGAGCAGAUGGACUACAAGUCCUGCGGAAACAUCUACAAGGGUCUGGCGCAGACUGGAGCCUGGGGCUGCUUCGAUGAAUUCAACCGCAUCUCUGUGGAGGUCCUGUCUGUCAUCGCAGUGCAGGUCAAAUGUGUCCAAGAUGCGAUUCGGUCCAAGAAGAAGACCUUCAGCUUCCUGGGGGAGGUCAUCAGCCUCAUCCCCACCGUGGGGAUCUUCAUCACCAUGAACCCUGGCUAUGCGGGGCGCACGGAGCUGCCUGAGAAUCUCAAGGCCUUGUUCAGGCCCUGCGCCAUGGUGGUUCCCGACUUUGAGCUGAUCUGUGAGAUCAUGCUGGUAGCCGAGGGCUUUCUGGAAGCCCGCCUGCUGGCCCGGAAGUUCAUCACACUGUACACCUUGUGUAAAGAGCUGCUCUCUAAACAGGACCACUAUGACUGGGGUCUGCGGGCUAUCAAGUCGGUGCUGGUGGUGGCCGGCUCCCUGAAGAGAGGGGACCCCAGCCGAGCCGAGGACCAGGUGCUCAUGAGGGCGUUGCGUGACUUCAACAUCCCCAAGAUCGUGACGGACGACCUGCCCGUGUUCAUGGGGCUCAUUGGGGACCUCUUCCCUGCCCUGGACGUGCCCCGGAAGCGAGACCUGAACUUUGAAAAGAUCAUCAAGCAGAGCGUUCUGGAGCUGAAGCUGCAGGCGGAGGACAGCUUUGUCCUGAAGGUCGUGCAGCUGGAGGAACUGCUGCAAGUGCGCCACUCGGUGUUCGUCAUUGGGAACGCAGGCAGUGGCAAGUCCCAGGUCCUUCGGUCCCUCAACAAGACCUACCAGAACCUGAAGAGGAAGCCAGUGGCCGUGGACCUGGACCCCAAGGCCGUCACCUGUGACGAGCUCUUCGGUAUCAUCAACCCGGCCACCAGGGAGUGGAAAGAUGGUAACGGGCUGUUCUCUACCAUCAUGCGAGACCUGGCCAACAUCACCCACGACGGCCCCAAGUGGAUCGUGCUGGACGGCGACAUAGACCCCAUGUGGAUCGAGUCUCUCAACACAGUGAUGGACGACAACAAGGUCCUCACCCUGGCCAGCAACGAACGGAUCCCCCUGAACCGCACCAUGAGGCUGGUGUUUGAGAUAAGCCACCUGCGGACGGCCACCCCGGCCACCGUCUCCCGAGCCGGCAUCCUCUACAUCAACCCGGCCGACCUGGGCUGGAACCCGGUGGUGAGCAGCUGGAUCGAGCAGCGCAAGGUGCAGUCGGAGAAGGCCAACCUGAUGAUCCUCUUCGACAAGUACCUGCCCACCUGCCUGGACAAGCUGCGGGUGGGCUUCAAGAAGAUCACGCCGGUGCCCGACACCACCACCAUCCAGACCAUCCUGUACCUGCUCGAGUGUCUGCUCACCGAGAAGAACACGCCGCCCGACUCCUCCAAGGAGCUCUACGAGCUGUACUUCGUGUUCGCCUGCUUCUGGGCCUUCGGCGGUGCCAUGUUCCAGGACCAGCUCGUGGACUACCGCGUGGAGUUCAGCAAGUGGUGGGUCAACGAGUUCAAAACCAUCAAGUUCCCCUCACAAGGCACCAUCUUUGACUACUACAUCGACCCAGACACCAAGAAGUUCCUGCCCUGGACGGACAAGGUGCCUGCCUUCGAGCUGGACCCUGACGUCCCUCUGCAGGCAUCCCUGGUCCACACCACGGAGACCAUCCGCAUCCGCUUCUUCAUGGACCUGCUCAUGGAAAGGUCGUGGCCGGUGAUGCUGGUGGGGAACGCGGGCACGGGCAAGUCGGUGCUGAUGGGGGAUAAACUGGAGAGUCUGAGCACAGACGACUACAUGGUGCAGGCCGUGCCCUUCAACUUCUACACCACCUCUGCCAUGCUGCAGGGGGUGCUGGAGAAGCCGCUGGAGAAGAAAUCGGGGAGAAACUACGGCCCACCUGGCACCAAGAAGCUGAUCUACUUCAUCGAUGACAUGAACAUGCCCGAAGUGGACAAGUACGGCACGGUGGCCCCACACACGCUCAUCCGCCAGCACAUGGACCACGGGCACUGGUAUGACAGGCAGAAGCUGACGUUGAAGGACAUUCAUAACUGUCAGUACGUGGCCUGCAUGAAUCCCACCGCGGGAUCCUUCACCAUUGACUCCAGGCUCCAGCGCCACUUCUGUGUGUUUGCUGUGAGCUUCCCAGGCCAGGAGGCCCUCAUGACCAUCUACAGCACCAUCCUGGCCCAGCACCUGUCCUACCGCUCGGCGCCCAUGGCGGUGCAGAAGAUGAGCAGCCACCUGGUGGCCUCCGCCCUGGCCUUGCAUCAGAAAGUCGCAGCAACAUUUCUUCCCACGGCCAUUAAGUUUCAUUACGUCUUCAACCUCAGGGACCUCUCCAACAUUUUCCAGGGACUCCUGUUCUCCUUGGUGGAAAUCCUGAAGACUCCUCUGGACCUUGUCCGCCUAUGGUUGCACGAAGCUCAAAGAGUAUAUGGUGACAAAAUGGUCGAUGAGAGAGACCAAGAGACACUGGGCAGAGUCACCGUUGCUUCUACUAAGAAAUUCUUUGACGACCUCGGUGAAGAGCUUUUAUAUGCCAAGCCCAAUAUCUUCUGCCACUUCACGCAAGGUGUCGGCGACCCCAAGUACCUGCCAGUGUUUGACAUGGCUCAUCUGAACAAGCUCCUGGUGGAGGUGCUGGACAGUUACAACGAGGUCAACGCCGUCAUGAACCUGGUGCUGUUUGAAGACGCAGUGGCCCAUAUUUGCAGGAUCAACCGGAUCCUGGAGUCCCCCAGAGGGAAUGCCCUGCUGGUGGGGGUGGGCGGCAGUGGCAAACAGAGCCUGUCCCGCCUGGCUGCGUACAUCAGCUCCCUGGACGUCUUCCAGAUGACCCUGAAGAAGGGCUAUGGGAUCCCAGACCUCAAGAUGGACCUGGCCGCGCAGUACAUCAAGGUGGCGGUGAAGAACGUGCCGUCCGUGUUCCUCAUGACGGACUCCCAGGUGGCGGAGGAGCAGUUCCUGGUGCUCAUCAACGACCUGCUGGCGUCCGGCGAGGUGCCCGGCCUGUUCAUGGACGACGAGGUGGAGAACAUCCUCUCCUCCAUGCGGCCGCAGGUCAAGUCCCUUGGCCUGCCCGACACCCGGGAGAUCUGCUGGAAGUUCUUCAUCGACAAAGUGCGCAAGCAGCUCAAGGUAAUUCUCUGCUUCUCCCCUGUGGGCUCCGUCCUGCGAGUGCGAGCCAGGAAGUUCCCCGCGGUGGUCAACUGCACGGCCAUCGACUGGUUCCACGAGUGGCCAGAGGAUGCGCUGGUGUCUGUCAGCGCCCGCUUCCUGGAGGAGACCGAGGGCAUCCCGACAGAGGUCAAGAACUCCAUCAGCCUCUUCAUGGCCUAUGUACACACAACCGUCAACGACAUGUCCAAGGUCUAUCUCGCUACUGAGCGACGUUACAACUACACCACCCCCAAAACCUUCCUGGAGCAGAUCAAACUCUACCAGAGCCUGCUGUCCAAGAAGAGGAUGGAGCUGGUGGCCAAGAUCGAGCGACUGGAGAAUGGCCUCAUGAAACUGCAGAGCACGGCUUCCCAGGUGGACGACUUGAAGGCCACGCUGGCCAUACAGGAGGCUGAGCUCAAACAGAAAAACGAGAACGCGGACAAGCUGAUCCAGGUGGUGGGCGUGGAGACCGAGAAGGUCAGCAAGGAGAAAGCCAUCGCUGACGAGGAAGAGGUCAAAGUCGAGGUCAUCAACAAGAACGUUACUGAGAAGCAAAAGGCCUGUGAGACUGACCUGGCCAAAGCAGAGCCGGCGCUGCUCGCAGCCCAGGAGGCCCUGGACACGCUGAACAAGAACAACCUGACGGAGCUGAAGUCUUUCGGGUCCCCUCCCGACGCCGUAGUCAAUGUCACGGCCGCCGUCAUGAUCCUGACCGCACCUGGGGGCAAGAUACCGAAAGACAAGAGCUGGAAGGCGGCCAAGAUCAUGAUGGGCAAAGUGGACACCUUCCUGGACUCUUUGAAGAAGUUCGACAAGGAGCACAUCCCGGAGGCCUGUCUGAAGGCGUUCAACACCUCCCGUCCCCCCUGCAGGCCUUACCAAGGCAACCCCACGUUCGACCCCGAGUUCAUCCGGUCCAAGUCCACGGCCGCGGCCGGGCUGUGCUCCUGGUGCAUCAACAUCGUCCGCUUCUACGAGGUCUACUGCGACGUGGCCCCCAAGCGGCAGGCCCUGGAGGAGGCGAACGCGGAGCUGGCCGAGGCCCAGGAGAAGCUGUCCCGUAUCAAGAACAAGAUAGCGGAACUCAAUGCCAACUUGAGCAACCUCACAUCAGCAUUUGAGAAGGCCACGGCAGAGAAGAUCAAGUGCCAGCAAGAGGCCGACGCCACCAACAGAGUGAUCUCGUUGGCCAACAGGCUGGUGGGAGGACUGGCCUCCGAGAACGUGCGCUGGGCAGAAUCCGUGGAGAACUUUAAGAAGCAGGGGGUCACCCUGUGUGGGGAUGUUCUGCUGAUCUCCGCCUUCGUUUCCUAUGUGGGCUACUUCACCAAGAAAUACCGAAACGAGCUGAUGGAGAAAUUCUGGGUCCCUUACAUAAAUAAAUUAGAGGUCCCCAUCCCCACCACGGAAGGCCUGGACCCCCUGUCUUUGCUGACGGACGAUGCGGAUGUGGCCACCUGGAACAACCAGGGCCUUCCCAGUGACCGCAUGUCCACGGAAAAUGCCACCAUCCUGUGCAAUACGGAGCGCUGGCCCCUCAUCGUCGAUGCUCAGCUGCAGGGGAUCAAGUGGAUCAAGAGCAAGUAUGGGAGUGACCUGAAGGCCAUCCGUCUGGGCCAGAAGAGCUACCUGGACAUCAUCGAGCAGGCCAUCUCAGAAGGUGACACCCUGCUCAUCGAAAACAUUGGCGAGACCGUGGACCCUGUGCUGGACCCCCUUCUGGGCCGAAACACCAUCAAAAAGGGAAAGUACAUCAAGAUCGGGGACAAGGAGGUGGAGUACCACCCCAACUUCCACCUGAUCCUGCACACCAAGUACUUCAACCCGCACUACAAGCCCGAGAUGCAGGCCCAGUGCACCCUCAUCAACUUCCUGGUCACCAGAGACGGGCUCGAAGACCAGCUCCUGGCGGCAGUGGUCGCCAAAGAGCGCCCCGACCUCGAGCAGCUGAAGGCGAACCUCACCAAGUCUCAGAACGAGUUCAAGAUUGUCCUCAAAGAGCUGGAAGACUCGCUGCUGGCCCGGCUGUCGGCUGCCUCGGGGAACUUCCUGGGGGACACAGCUUUAGUGGAGAACCUGGAGACCACCAAGCACACGGCCAGUGAGAUCGAGGAGAAGGUCCAUGAGGCCAAGAUCACCGAGGCGAAGAUCAACGAGGCGAGAGAGAACUACCGGCCGGCGGCGGAGAGGGCCUCCCUCCUCUAUUUCAUUCUCAAUGACCUCAACAAAAUCAAUCCCAUCUACCAGUUCUCGCUCAAGGCCUUCAAUGUGGUGUUCGAGAAGGCCAUCCAGAGGACCGCACCCUCAGAGGACGUGAAGCAGCGUGUCAUCAACCUGACAGAUGAGAUCACCUACUCUGUCUACAUGUACACGGCCCGUGGCCUCUUCGAGCGCGACAAGCUCAUCUUCCUGGCCCAGGUGACGUUCCAGGUUCUGUCCAUGAAGAAGGAGUUGAUCCCGGCAGAGCUGGACUUCCUUCUGCGGUUCCCGUUCAAGGCGGGGGUGGUCUCCCCAGUGGACUUCCUGCUGAACCAGGGCUGGGGUGGCAUCAAGGCCCUCUCGGAAAUGGACGAGUUCAAAAACCUGGACAGUGACAUUGAGGGCUCGGCCAAGAGGUGGAAGAAGCUGGUGGAAUCGGAAGCCCCAGAAAAGGAGAUCUUCCCCAAGGAGUGGAAGAACAAGACAGCCAUGCAGAAACUGUGCAUGGUCCGCUGCAUGCGGCCGGACCGCAUGACCUACGCCGUCAAGAACUUCGUGGAGGAAAAGAUGGGCAGCAGGUUUGUGGAGGGCCGGAGCAUGGAGUUCUCCAAGUCCUAUGAAGAGAGCAGCCCCUCCACCCCCGUCUUCUUCAUCCUCUCCCCGGGGGUCGACCCCUUGAAAGACGUGGAGGCCUUGGGAAAAAAACUAGGAUUUACCAUAGACAAUGGCAAGCUCCACAAUGUGUCCCUGGGCCAGGGGCAAGAGGUGGUGGCUGAGAACGCGCUGGACAUGGCUGCAGAGCAGGGACACUGGGUCAUUCUGCAGAACAUCCACCUGGUGGCACGCUGGCUGAACACCCUGGACAAGAAGGUGGAGAGGUACAGCACCGGCAGCCACGAGGAUUACCGCGUGUUCAUCAGUGCGGAGCCGGCGCCCAGCCCCGAGUCCCACAUCAUCCCCCAGGGCAUCCUGGAAAACUCCAUCAAGAUCACCAACGAGCCGCCGACCGGCAUGCACGCCAACCUGCACAAGGCGCUGGACCUCUUCACCCAGGACACCCUGGAGAUGUGCACUAAAGAGGUCGAGUUCAAGGGCAUCCUGUUUGCCCUGUGCUACUUCCAUGCCGUGGUGGCCGAGCGGAGAAAGUUCGGGGCGCAGGGCUGGAAUCGGUCGUACCCUUUCAACAACGGAGACCUGACCAUCUCCAUCAACGUCCUCUACAACUACCUCGAGGCCAACCCCAAGGUGCCCUGGGAUGACCUCCGCUACCUUUUUGGUGAGAUCAUGUAUGGAGGCCACAUCACAGACGACUGGGACCGCCGGCUCUGCAGGACCUAUCUAGAAGAGUACUUGCGGGGGGAGAUGCUGGAAGGGGACGUGCAGCUGGCCCCCGGCUUCCAGACGCCCCCGAACCUGGACUACAAGGGUUACCAUGAAUACAUCGACGAGAACCUGCCCCCUGAGAGUCCCUACCUGUACGGCCUGCACCCCAAUGCAGAGAUAGGCUUUCUGACUGUCACCUCAGAGAAGCUCUUCCGUACUGUCCUGGAGAUGCAGCCCAAAGAGACCGACUCGGGGGCGGGCACCGGAGUGUCUCGAGAGGAAAAGGUGAAGGCGGUCUUGGAUGACAUUCUUGAGAAGAUUCCAGAGACCUUCAACAUGGCGGAGAUCACGAGCAAGGCCGUGGAGAAGACGCCCUACGUGGUGGUGGCCCUGCAGGAGUGUGAGAGGAUGAACAUCCUGACCAAUGAGAUGCGCCGCUCGCUCAAGGAGCUCAGCCUGGGGCUCAAGGGGGAGCUGACCAUCACGACGGACAUGGAGGACCUGUCCACAGCUUUGUUCUAUGACACUGUGCCGGACACAUGGAUGGCCCGGGCCUACCCCUCCAUGAUGGGGCUGGCAGCCUGGUACUCGGACUUGCUGCUCCGCACCCGGGAGCUCGAGGCUUGGACGACAGACUUCGUGCUGCCGACCACCGUGUGGCUGGCCGGCUUCUUCAAUCCCCAGUCCUUCCUCACAGCCAUCAUGCAGUCCAUGGCCAGGAAGAACGAGUGGCCCCUGGAUAAGAUGUGCCUGUCUGUGGAGGUGACCAAGAAGACCCGGGAGGACAUGACCGCCCCGCCCCGUGAGGGCUCCUACGUGUAUGGGCUGUUCAUGGAAGGCGCUCGCUGGGACACGCAGACGGGUGUCAUCACAGAAGCGCGGCUGAAGGAGCUGACACCGGCCAUGCCGGUCAUCUUCAUCAAGGCCAUCCCUGUGGACCGCAUGGAGACCAAGAACAUCUAUGAGUGUCCCGUCUACAAAACGCGCCUCCGCGGCCCCACCUACGUGUGGACCUUCAACCUCAAGACCAAGGAGAAGGCGGCCAAGUGGGUGCUGGCAGCGGUGGCACUGCUUCUGCAGGCGUAG